AUGACCAAGGAGGUGGAAGAACUUUUAGAACAAGGUAAAUUUGCUGAAGGGCUCACAGUAGAUGUGCAAGAUCCCUUACAACUAUUGACAGUGAAAUUAGUGGGCCAAAAAGCAGAAGAGAGCAUGAAAAAACUCUUGGCAUGCGUAAUGGAUGACAGGGUGUUCAGCCUUGGCAUCUAUGGAAUGGGGGGAGUUGCGAAAACCACACUUGCAAUGCAUAUCCACAAUGACCUGUUAAAGAAUCCUCGAAGUUUUGAUCAUGUUUGUUGGAUUACCGUAUCGCAACAAUCCAGUAUUUACAAAUUGCAGGAUGACAAUGCCAAAGAAGAAAACGGUGCUAAUUUUGAUGAUGUGUGGGAGCAUUUUAACCUGAAAAAUGUCGGGAUACCUAAUGGGCCAGAUGGGCCUAAGUUAAUUCUAACCGCUCGAUCAUUAUCGGUGUCUCCCCAAAUGGGUUCCCAAGAAACAAUCAAGGUGGAGCCUCUUUCAAAUGAGGAAGCUUGGGAGCUAUUUAUGGAAGAACUCAAGCCUUAUGACAAACUAUCUCCGGAUGUGAAAGUUGCUGCUAUGUCCAUGGCUAAAGAAUGUAGGGGUUUGCCACUUGGGAUUAUCACAAUGGCAAGGAGCAUGCGAGGAGUCAAUGACAUUCAUGAAUGGAGGACUGUUGUGAAGGAAUUGAGAGAAUCGAAGUUAGGGAGACCUGAUAUGGAAGAGGAGGUCUUCUCUAUAUUGAGAAUCAGCUAUGGUCGCGUGAAGGAUCCAAUAGUGCAGCAGUGUUUCUUAUAUUGCGCAUUGUAUCCCGAAGACAAUCUAAUGAAUCGAGAGGAAUUGAUAAAGUACUUUAUUGCAGAGGGACUGAUAAACGGAAUGGACAGUAGGCAGGCCGAGUUUGACAAGGGUCAUGCCAUAUUAAAUGAACUGGAAAACUCUUGCUUGCUAGAAAAUGCAAUGUGGGGUGAAGAUGCAUGA